UUUAUUUAUGCAUUGGUAUGCAUUUUACCGUUUUAUUUUUUACCGUGCAUAUGAGUUACUCGGCGUUACUCUUGGGACUUAGAAAAAAUAUCCAUUCAGUUCUUUUCCUAGCAGCUCAGCAGACGCCGCGUUCUGUUUCGCAAAUAUUUCCAACAGUUUGCCGGUAUUUACGCGGGCGCGAUUACGAUUACGGUCUCUCACGAUUUGUCCAUCAUCCGCUAGAGCAUCCGGGAGUGUGUAUUUUUGUAAGGCAAACGAAAUCGAUAGCGUAGAAACGUUCAUGUUGCUAACCCAAAGCCUAGUGAUGAAUACAUUGGGACUCAAGCUUGGAUCUUGGCUCAAAAUCGAACAGAUGCAGAAAACCAUACGUGACAGUAUCGAUAAUACUCCUGCGCAGAAUGUACCUACCGCGUCGUCCGAAACUGAACAUAAACUCGAAGAUGAUAUGAACAAAGACGUUGUAAUCGAAAUUUUGAAUUCGAACAAAGCAUGCCAAUUUCUUAUCCACGGAAAGCUGGCCGAAGGAACGACACUUAAGAAAAAUGAAAGGAACCUUAUCUGCAGGACUAUAUGUACUCAUUUCUUCUCCUCAAUGAUCAUGCAGGGAAUAUCGGUGACAGUUGGGAUGAAGACAAAACUUGCACAGUGUAUCGUGGAGGCAUACGAUUGUCUGAAAGUCGAUGAAGAAGGAAAGCCUGCUGAGGCUGACUUUUUCUGGCUACAUAAUGGACGAAGCACUGGAGAGCAUACAGGAUGUAUUCACAACUGGGUUCGCAAUCAACAACCUAAAGCGCCUAAAGCUAUUCGCCGUAAACGUCGGGCUGUUCCGGACCUAAACGAUGAUGAAGUAGAAGCGUUCGAGCAACUGAGCACUUGUGACGAAAAUGAAGAAUACGAUAAUAUCUCUCAUCUUAUGAGUAAAACAUUCCGUUAUCGUCAGGAGCUGCGUCGACGAAAAACUAAUCCAUCAAACUUAUGUGUGGAUUUUCCACACAUGCUGUGGCACGGUAAUACCAUGAUCAAUGAUGAGUUCGACCUAAUGUUCCCUGAUAGAAAUAGUGCUGUUGGGACUCUUUCUUGCAUUUCAUCUUUUUGUAUGAUGCUUGAUCAUUCUUAUGGUGAAAUUGCCUCACCAUCGAUUCAAGCAUUAAUGAAAAUAACGACCGAGUUAACAGCACAAGGAAACAUUCGCAAAGCCGAUCCGGCCGGAUUACCGCCCCUUGAAGAGUUCGCUUCCGUAUUUAUUCGUUGGCUCCAACCAGGAACGGACAUCGAGUAUUUUCUUGAAAAUGUCCUAGGAGAUCCACCGUAUAUUCUGUGCUCUACUAUGGCCUUUGCUGAAGACAAAUAUUUUGUCGUUGUUUUAAGGACUGCUUUCGACUGUGGAUGCGACUUUGAUGUAGCGUUUGAUUUACUAUACAAAUCCUAUAAAGUGUUCAAUUUCGAAGUACCGGGGAAGGCUAAGAAAGUAAUGGAUUUUUUCGAUUUAGUUUAUGGCAUUUACGCUUGCAGCAGGCUUAAUCACGUCAACAAGUUGUUUGACAAAAUCAAAUUGGCGAUGAAAAAAUGAACGAGAUUCAUUUGUUACUAAUUAUUACUCUAACGAUCGAAACCAGUGUAUUGCCUUUUUCGAUUAUCUGUAAUUGAUAAAUAGUUUGUAGUUGAGAGAUAAAUAGUCAUAAGUUGAUAAAAAUAUGUUUUUGAUAACAGCGUUGAAGAAAACAUAGUCAUAAAUUGAAAAAAAAAUCAAAUUCCUUGAUCGAAUAUACUUAAGAUUUUGAACAGCGUUAAUUAUACCGAGUGCAUAGAAAGGUAAUUGUUAUAGCAAUAGCUUUAAGAAAUCUACCUGCAUUCGUAGGUGGUACAGUCUAAGACUGUAACUGGUGGUUGUUUCUAGAUUCCAAAAAAGUGGAUUAUUAUAAAAGUAAAGUUGAUGGACCAAUAGUUGAUCAGUUAAGAA